AUGAAAGACCGGUUGCUCGAAGGACCUACUUCGGCGCUGUUGAUUGAACGCGUCCUCGCCGAAACCCUAAAAACCCCCUUUUUCCGGCGAAUCACCGACGUACGGUACCGACCAGCCGAGAAAAUCCGCCUUCUGACUUCUGCCGGAAAGGCAGAACCGACUGACCAUAUCACCACUUUCAACAUCGCGCUGGGUCGAACUAACUUUACCGAUGAGGAAAGAGACGCUGGCUAUUGUCGGCUCUUCGUCGAGAGUCUUCAAGGACCAGAUCUCGGGUGGUUCACUGGAUUGGAACGAGACUCCAUCAACGAAUUUCACGACUUGACGUCCGCAUUCCUCAAGCAGUACAUCAUGUUUACGAGACAAGGAGCGACCCUAUCCGACCUUUGGAACCUAUCUCAGGGAGCAAACCAGAGCCUCCGUGACUACAUGGAAAAGUUCAAAGCUGUCGCUUCAAAGGUGCAUGUCCCCGAAAACAUCGUCAUUGAUGCGUUGGUGAACACCCUCUACUUCAAGUCCCUGUUUCGCGAGGAUCUCUACAGAAACCCCACCAAAUCGCUUCAGGAUGCUAUCGCGAGAUCGAACAACUUAUUCCGAAUGGAAGAAGACACAUCAGCGAUACUCAAGAAAAUGAAUGUGGCCGCUAAACUGAUGACUGCUCCAAAAGCUUCUGAGGCACACCAAGAACCCCGACAGCACGCCACUGGCAACAAAUGUAAUCAGCAGAAAAGCUUCGUCUAUGUUGUCGAAGAUUAA